CCUCAAAGUGCACCUGGCCUGGCACAGGCGAUGUGCUGACGUCACCGUCACUGGAUGGCGAAUUGCGGGAAUUGGUGUUGGUUAGUAGUGGCACAAUGGUUCAUGGACUGUGCUAUGAACCCUGUGAUUCAAUUACGACUUCCGACCAUCGCUAGAUAUCAGUGGCGAGUGAUAUUGGAACCUGUCCAAGGGCUCCCAUUGAUUGGCUCGGCAUUAAAUGAGUAGCUGGUGUUGUGCAUAAACAUCAGCACUGGGGAGACAAACGCAGAAGGGCAUGGUGCUUGUCACAUCACCCAGUGGUGUGUCAUAUCAGCUGUGAGAGAUGUUCGCUAUCAGCAAUUGCCCCAACAAUCUAUCUUGUCUUCACGUGUAUAUGUGCAUGCUGUGUGUGUGUGUGCUUGUAUUCGCCCACGUGUGUUUGUGUCUAAAUGUCUACCACCUGCUGUGCCAGACAUUUGGUAUCAAGGGACCCCACAGUCCAUUCUUCCCCUCUUUUUCUCAAAAUCCCUGUCCAAACAGCACAGGUGCAGACACCAAUUCCAGAGUGAGUGCUAAAUUCCCCGUGUUUAUUGUGCUUCUGCCUAAAUUUAAACUAAAAUGUCAACAAAAUGUUUUUUUGUGCCAAAAGUAGCUCAUUCUUUUGCAGAGUUUAUGUUGGCAUUUUACUGCUCAGAUAGACACGUGGUCGCAAAAGCAGCUGUGGCUUUAGUGAAACGGGGCGGUAUAUAAUGACGUCUCUAUGAAUUCAGAAUGCAAUAUAUUAGUGAAGGAGAUGGGACAUGUAGAGAAUGAGGCAGAUAGGAUCAGAGAGAGAGAGAGAGACAGCCUGUCAAACGUGAUGGUAGUUGGAAAUGUUGUAACAUAUACAAUGGGUGAAGUAGACACCAGGGAUGUAGAGUUUAUUGAAACACAUGGUAAAGACAGGUUAAAAUUAUAAAACGUUGGUAAUAAUCAUUGUACUUCGCAUUGUGUUUAUAGUGGUAUCAAUUCCCGGAUAAGGCGUCUGUGUGUACCUGAAUCCUGUGUUCAAUAAAAUACUUUUGGGGAAAAAAAGAUAUACAAUGGGAGGCCAGGAGAGUGGCUGUUGUCCUUCCCCCGCAUCUUCGAUGAGCAUGGUUGGCUACGUACGGUGUGAAAUAAGUUCAACAUACAUACUAAAGAGAAAUACAAUAAACAGAAGGGAAUGAGAAAUGUAACUAAUAAAAAGACUACAUUAGAGAUAUACUACGAAUGGUACAAAGAGAAUCAGUGAGAGCAACAUGGCACCAGCGGUGGUUUGGGGGAGAGAAAGGGUCUGUAUAGGGGAAGGUAAGGAAGCAGAUUAAAAUGACAAAAGCGAGGUGGGGAUCAGAGAUGGAAGUGGGAGAAAUUAUUGAGAUGGGAGAGCAGAGCUAAGGAUGUGGAGGCAAGGGGGUGAGACGGGUGACGACAGAAACAGACAUUUAUAAAGAAAAUAAUUUUCAACAUCUGUUAACGACUCAUCAAAGAAAAUCCUUAACGGUAUAAACAGCAGACUCCAGUAUGUGCGGGUGAAUGUAUGUGUGCGCACGCGCGCGUGUGCAUGUGUUUAUCUGUCAGUGUUUAUCUGUGUGUGGGUGUGCCAUAUUAGCUUAUGAGAGCCCUUUGAAACAAAACAGAUCCCAGGUCUGGUAAUGGAUCACGCAGGUCCACGUGGUGACGCACAGGCCCAGUGGGGGUCACUCCUUGGCACUCCCUUCUGAUAUCCAUCAUGAGCACAACUCCUAUAUCUCCGUUAGGGUCAAUGGCUUUGAGUGGCUCGUACAGCGAGACACACCUCACUGCCAGCCACGCAUGACACAACCCACUAUUGACUUUAGCACAUGUAGAGUGGCACUGUCAAUGUAUAGUGAUACAGCAGUAUCCGCUGAUAAAUCCAUGCCUAAAAUCUAGCGGUUUGGAGGCAGGGGUUAGGAGUGCGGCAAAUAGACGUAUGGAUCUGUCUGUGCGGACCUUUGUUUUACCCUGUAUAUGUUUGGUUAUUCUCCAGGUGUUAAAAUUUUGCAAAAUUACCAUUAAAAAGGAAUUGACUAAACAUCCCAAUGCAGGACCAUUCGAGAGAAAAAAAUCCUGAGAUUGAAUGAGGCUUUCCUGGAUAAAUGAAAUUAAAAUUUCAGUCACAAGUACAAUUUUGUUCAUGAUAAAUAUUAGCAGACUUGAGAUGAACAACUCUGGAAUGUAAUAAUUUCAUUUUAGUUAUAUUACAGCAAUAGAGACUCAAUUACACAGCUACAAAAUUGUUGCAAAUAAUAAGGGGAAACACUUUGCAACAGUAAUAGUGAUUUUGAUUUAGAGCUUUCGUGACUGCAGGGAUUCCUAUUCAUAUACCGAAAGAACCAAGAAUAGUAAUAGUGAUGUGUUUUUUUAGGCAAAGUCAGGUUCGAGGGAAACUUAACACGUGUUUUUUUUUCAUAGCCAAUAUUAUGAUUCAAACUUGUUUUUUGGGUUAGGCCAUGUAUUGUAAUGUUACAUGGCCAUGUAAUGUAAUGUUACAUAGCGUAACCCAUCAUAAAAUCAACAAUGAAUGAGGGAAGUUUGUUGUAAAACAGAACUUUAAAAGCAUGGACAGACUCACAUUAAUUUGCAUCAGUUAUGGUUCUGAGGGAGCGGUGCUGCAUUGCGUUAUGAACCUUGGCGACCUUAUUUCCAUUCCCGGCCAUGGCUUAUGUGUACUGACCAGCGUGGUGAAGUAUGGUCAAACAAUCCCCAUGACUGACACGGUGUGGGCAGGCCUUCAUCCAACAGUCGAUUGACAAUAGGCUGUAAAUUAUUACAUUUAUUAUGCUUCUAUAAAUACAUCCGUAACAAAAUCCACUUCAAUAAUAACUUAAUUUAAUACUUAAUAGGGCGUCUCACUUUAGGCUCGUGCAAACAAUGUUUGUUUAGGAUCCUAAGUGCAAAACUUUGAACCCAGUCUGGAUGGUGGUCCUCUGGAUAAACCUGUCCCCGACAUAGCAACAUGGAAUGUACACCUUCGGGCAGAGCUACCAAUGAAGAUAUGAGUCCUGUUACUUUAAUAAUAUCACUUGCCCAUUUCCACAAUUCGUAGGACGUUCAGUCUGCCAUAUGGUGCUUUGUGUAUCAUUUUUGUGGCUUUCGCCCUCCUUGUUAUUUCUCCCUUGAUGGGUUCCUCCUCUUCGGCUGCCAGAAAGAAUGUUAUUUCAUGCGUCCAUUCUAGGAACACCUCAAUGGAGCGCCCUCAUGAUGGUGGUUGUGUUUUGGGAGAUUUUUAAGAAGCUGGGAGGGCCGGGUGACUCUGAUGGCCAUGAGGUUGUUUUUUUACUAUCGAGAAAGAUGUGUGUGUCUACGGGUAAAAUAUUUAUAAAGCAUGGCAAGGUGGGGGUGGACAUCCAGGGAAAAACUAAAAAAAAGUUGGAGCUCAUUGUGAGACCGAGAUUCAGCAUUUCAAGCAAAGCCACACUGGUGGUGGUGGUGGCGUCAGACCGAACUUGCAGACAGGAAGUGGGAGGCCCUCUGCACGCAGCCACACCCCACCCCCAGCCAGCCAGCCACCCACCCACCCACACUCAGGCUCGAGGGGAGAGGGGUAGGAGGGGUGGGUGGCUCGUGGUUUAUUUGGUCAAUCAUUAUACCGCGGGGGCUUAGACGAGGAGAAGGGAGAGCAAGAGACAGACGGGCGGGCGGGCAGACGGGCAAAGAGCAUGCGUCUGCAGGGGCAGAUUGCUGUGGAGCCUCCUGUGAGCUGUACCCAGCCGAGCAGUGCCAAGCUGCCUCUGAUGCAGGCAGAGAGGACGACUCCCCAGGCUUCAUCGAGCGCCGGGGCCUACGAGCUGGUGAAUCUGUCCAAGACGGCGCGCGUGGCCGAGAUGGAGGCCCCCUUCGAGUUCGACCUGACGUACAUCACGGAGCGCAUCAUCGCCACCACGCUUCCGCCCGGCAUCGCAGAGCACGCGCACCAGAGCAGCCUCCGCGACAUCGCCGGCAUGCUCACCUCCAAGCACGCCGACAAAUACCUGAUCAUUAACCUUUCCGGAAGGCGGAAUGAGAUGCUGCAACUCAACCCACAGGUGUUGGAUUUUGGCUGGCCAUCGCGCCACGCGCCUCACCUGGACACGCUGUGUAGCAUCUGCAAGGCCAUCGACUCCUGGCUCAACUCACACCCCCUGCAUGUCGCUGUGCUUCACUGUGCGGGUAACAGCGGGAGUGCCGGUGUUGUUAUCGCUGCCUUUAUGCACUACAGUGCCAUCUGUGCCAGUGCGGAUCAGGCUCUGGACAGAUUUGCCAUGAAGAGGUUUUACGUGGAAAAGUUUGCGUCACUCACCCAACCCUCACAGCAACGGUACGUGUAUUAUUUCAACGGCCUACUGUCAGGUUCCAUCAAGAUGAACAGUGCCCCUGUGUACCUCUCCCACAUCCUCCUUCAUGGUGCAUGGGGUCCCCCAGGUGGGCGCGUUUUCCUGCGCGUGUACCAGGGGCUGCACCUGUACUACACCUCACCUGUGUACACGGUCCGCGCGGAGGUGCGUGACGGAGCCCCGCUGUGCGUGAACCUCUCCCCGGGAGUGGUGCUCAAGGGCGACAUCCUGGUGAAAUGUUACCGGAGCUCGGAGGACGGUCGGGAGGUGGUAUUCCGCGUGCAGUUCCACACGUGCACGCUGCAGGGCAACCGCCUGAAAUUCACAAAACACGACCUGGACGAAGCCUGUGCUGAUCCUGGCUUCCCAGACUCUGGCCAGGUCGAGUUGCUCUUUUCCCCUGGCCCAAUCCAUGAUGUUGGGAAAGGAGAUGUACCCCCGGGCAUUACGGUGGACUGCAGUUCCAGUGACCCGAUCCUCCGCUGGGUCUCAUACGGGGACCUUCAUGCUCAGCUCACUAAUGACCCAUCAUGCAAACAGGGAGAGAGAUUCCCUGGGGGUGAGGUAUCCCCAGAGCUCUCCCUCUUCACUCACUCAGCCCCUACAGCCACAACUCAUCCCACUCUCUCCGUUAGCAGCGACUCUGGCCACUCCACCGCCUCUGUACGCACGGCUAAUGAACCCUACUCGCAGCUGCCACAAGCACAGCCACAACAGCACCAACUCCUACAACAACAGCAGCAGCAGCAGCGGCAGCAACAACAACAGCAGCAGCAGCAACAUCAGCAGCAGCAACAGCCACAGGCGCAGUCAACGUCGCCCUCCGAGUUCACGGCCACGGGCAGGAGCGGCGAGCCUGGGCCGCCCGUGCCGUCCGUGCCGUCGGGCCCGUCGGCGAGCGAGCAGCGGGACCUGGAGGAGCUGCUGAGGGGCUUCAGCCUGGACGGGGGCGACCUGUGCCACCCGGGCGAGCCUCACCGGGGCGGCCCCAGGACAGCGGGGACGCAGCUGCACGCCAUGCGCGGCCUGCAGCAGAACGGGGGUCAUGCAGGCGGGGUCGCCGUGAGCAUUCCCGUGGGAGGAGAAGCCCGGCACCACAAGGUUCUGGUCCAGGUGCACACCGAGCGCCGAGCCGGUGCCGGCAGUGGCGGCGGCUUGAACGAUCGAGAGACGGACAUUCUGGACGACGAGCUGCUCCCCCCGCACGACUUGCGCAGCGUGGACAGCCUGGGCACGCUCUCCUCGCUGGAGGGUGGCACGCUGAGCCCUUCGGGGGCCGGGGCCGGCGGGGAAGGGCUGGGUGGCGACAGUGGGCCCGCGGCCGGGCGCUACGGCUUCCUGCAGGAGCCGCACAAGGUGAGCCAGUGCUCGCUGCUGUCGGACAGCACCGGCUACAACACGGUGGAAGAGCCGCAGCAAGACACGCCGUGCCCCACGCACAGCUGGGUGCAGCAGCAGAGCAUGUACGCCAACGCCGGCGCCAAUGCCAACGCCGGGCUCGGCGGCUCGGCCGGCGUGGACGAGUACGGGUUGACGUACCGCUCGCGGACUCCGCUCGUCGCCACCGCCGCGUGUUCGGCGCCGGCGCAGCAGAACAUCAUCUACUCCGAGCCCAGCGGGGACUCGGGCGCCCUGGCGGUGCCGCACACACCGGCCCGUGGCUCCAGCAGCCGCCACGCCGUGCAGCGCGGCGUGGGCUCCUGGAGCUCGCACGGCGGCGCGGGACAGCUCGCCGCCGCGCUUCGCGGGGGCGACUCCCCCGUGCCGCCGCUGUCCUCCCUCAGAAUAGAGGGACGGCAGAACGACCACGGCCCACGGGAAGGCCCGAGCAGCGGCGCCGACGGGCCCCAGCUGUCCCCGUCCCAGCAGGACUUGGAGCUGUCGCUCGAGACGCUCAAUCAGCUGAUCCUGGACCUGGACCCCACCUUCACGCCCGUGCCCACGUGCACCCCCUUGUCCACGCUGCGGCGUCAGACUCCCACCCCGCUCGGUUCACGGGCGACCGAAGCGGGGUGCCACCCGGAGCACGUGCGGCUGCAGUGGCCUGCCCCGGGUUCGGAGGAUGAGCCGGACUUUGGGAAUGGUGGCCGGGACUUUGGGAAUGCCAGAAAUGCCUCCUCGACAGGUGGCAGCUAUAAGUCACCGGCGUCCGUAACCGGCAGCGCGGGCACGAGCGUGGGAGUGGGCAUGCCGGGAUUCUCCGAGCCGCCAACAAGGGAGGCGGGUGGGCGAGCGAAGCACGGAGAGACGGGCAGCGUUGGGUCGGCCACUUUUCCGGGGCACGGUGCCGGACCGACGGAGCGGAGCUGGGCUCAGCAAGGGGGUCCUCACUGGGAACAGACGGGGAUCGCGCAGCAAGGCAUCUCAACCAUGGAGGCAAGGGGCCGGCCUAUGCACAGACGCAACCUCAGCAACGGUCGCUAUGACAACCAGGAUGGCGAGCAAGGUGCCGAUGGCCUCAAUGGCAGCGCCGGCGAACAGAGCACCUAUCGGGCCACCGUGCGGUCACCAGUCCGAGCCAUCUCGCCAGAGGUGCGCAACAUCAUCGCCGCCAAUCCUGGAGGCCGUCCGCGAGAGAGGCACAUGCACAGUUACAAGGAGGCAUUCGAGGAGAUGGACCAAGACCCGGGCAGUCCACCUCCCCGUUCACCAGAAGCGCGUUCCCCGAUUGGCCUGGCUGAGACGCCGCUCUCUGCCCUCAAGCUCAAGCCCCACAAGCCCAUGGAGAUCCACGUCUCAUCGGCGCAGGACGUGCCUGACAGCGCCAUUCCCAGGUCCAGCCUCCCCGAGCCGUGGAGCUACGUGGAGACCGUGGCUCGGAACGCCGAGGCCGACGCCGCCAACGCGGGCCAGCGCACCUCCCCUUACCACUCCUCGCACGCCGAGCCCUACGCCGCGGCCGCCUGCGGCGAGCCUCGCCCAGACCCCGCCGCCUCCUGGUCGUCUCAGAGACGAGGCCCCGCGGCCGGCGCCACGCCUCGUGACAACGGCACGAAUGUUCAGUAUCCCGAUGGCCCCAUCGGUCUCCUCGCCAUCUCUGGCGCGCAGCAAGCGGGCGCCUACAGCGGGUACGGGGGCGUGCAGGACUCGCGGGCCAGGUCAGAGCAGGCGCGGCAGCACGGACCGUACGCCGGCCAACCGCCGCACGACCGGCACCGCGACGCUACGGUGACGCUGGCCCGUCAGCCGUCGCCAUGGGAGGAGACGUCUGGUUUUUCGGAUCCACGCGGCACCCCGUACUUAGAUGCCGGCUUCGGUGCAUACAGGGGUAACCAGGCAGGAGUACGUUACAACGGUACGGAAGACCCGGCCGCCGGCAAACAAGGAAAGCCCGAGCUGUACGCUUACGGGCCCAAUCAUGGAGCACAGCAGGGAGUGGCGUCCUUGCAGCCGGCUGGCAUCAGGACGGCCACGCCAGUGGACUUUCAGCAUGCAGCCCCGCAGAGCAUCCCGUUCAGUGGCAUGGAGGACAGAGCUGUUCCAGCUCAGAAGCAGCUCGGCCGGGCGGUCGAAGGUCAGGCUUCAUACGAAGACGCGAUGCGCACGGAUGCCAUGAGGCUGCACCCUCACCCAGUCAUCUCUGGCGUGGCCCACUAUGGCCGGAAAAGUGAUGAUGGAGGCCACGGUGGCUCAUCGCUCAGCUACGGAGGCCAAGGGCCUGGGUCCUCGAAUAUGUACGGAGUUCAGGCGGCCUCAGCUAAUCCAGGCAUCCUGCGGAGACUCCCAGGGUCGGAGAGCCCGGCGCUGUCGCACCAGAGCACGGGUGAGACUCCCGGGUUUGGUGACAGCGUCAGAGCUCUGGGCCCUGUGCCGCCAAGCCCCAGGCUGGUGGCUCGUGGCGUCCACACGUCCACGCCGCACGACGACUACCGGCGGCAGCACGCUCCGCUUUCGGGCCGGGAGAGCGGUGGCAGCGGACGCUCGUCGGUGAACAGCGCGCUGAGCUACGGCGCGGCGACGCCGUGCGCGUCGCAGAGUCUGACCUACGAAGCUGCAACGACGCCGCCGGCCAGCACCUACAGCCUCAACUACAGCACCUUUUCCACCACCUCGUACAGCCCAUCGGGCGAGCAGCAGCCGUUCGGGAUGUUGGGCGCGGCGGCCGCGGCUCACGCAACCCAAACCAGGUUGCCCCGAGGCUCCAACGAUGAGGGGCGGCCCGGGGAGACGUCCCCACCGCGCGGCUUCCCCGGUUGGGACGAGGGAGGUUCCCCAGAGGGACGCGGCGGCAGCGGCAGCGGCGGUCGGAGUGCGAUGCGGCUAUCGCCCGGCAACGUGAACGGGAAGUUGUCGACGUCGCCGCUGUCCAGCGGCCUCUCGAGCCCCGGGGGUUCGAGCACGCACAGCGCCGCUGCCUUCCCGCACUCGCUUCCCGAUCGGAGCCCCCCACACGGUUCCCCAGUCAGCCAAGAUGGGACUUUGGAGUCACCUGUGAACUUUGUGCAAGACACAUCCAAGUACUGGUACAAGCCCGACAUCUCCAGAGAUCAGGCGAUCACCAUGCUGAAGGGUCGGGACCCAGGAGCAUUCGUCAUCCGUGACAGCAGUUCCUUCCGUGGGGCCUACGGGCUCGCUUUGAAGGUGGCCACCCCACCAGGCCCCUCGCUGGACAGCAAGAAAGGUGACCCUGCGUCGGAGUUGGUCCGCCACUUUCUCAUCGAGUCGACCCCCAAGGGUGUGCGGCUUAAGGGCUGCUCCAACGAGCCGGUGUUUGGUAGCCUGUCUGCCCUCGUCUAUCAGCACUCAAUCACGCCCCUCGCCCUCCCGUGCAAGCUGCUCGUCCCAGAGCACGAUCCUCUGGACACCUCUUCAGUGAAUUCUGCCUCAGAACUCCUCAAGCAGGGUGCAGCCUGUAACGUGCUCUUCCUGGGCUCCGUGGAGAUGGAGUCGCUCACGGGGCCUCAGGCGAUUGGCAAGGCGACCGCUGAGAUCCUGGACAUGAAGCCACGGCCCGUGGCAACGACCGUGCACUUCAAGGUGUCGGCACAGGGCAUCACGCUCACCGACAACCAGCGCAGGCUAUUCUUCAGGCGUCACUAUCCAGUCUCGACAGUCACGUUCUGCAACGUGGAUCCAGAAACGAGGACGUGGGUGCAGGCGGAGGGCACUCCGGGAUCUCGGGUGUUUGGCUUUGUGGCCCGCAAGCCCGGCUCGUCCACCGACAAUCUUUGCCACCUCUUCGCCGAGCUCGACCCCGAGCAGCCGGCCGCCGCGAUUGUCAACUUCGUCUCGAAAGUGUUGCUCACUUCCCAAAAGCGCUAAGGGCGCCUCCUCCUCCCACGUCCUCCAUCCCUCCCUCCCUCCCUCCACCCCCACCUCCUACCUAUUCCCACCCGCGCCCUCCAGCAUGGAAUGUGCACGUGCUAACUACUCCUGCAUAAUAACCUUGCUUAUUAAGUGUAUUCGAGUUUACUAGUCUGCUUACUUGUAUCCAACACAUGAAGGCAUAGCGUAUGCAGGAUAUUACACAUCUGCUGUAAACUAGGGCCUCGCAUAUGGGCACGCACACUUAGUACGCAUACACGCACCUAGGUGCUCGUUCCGGGCAGAGGUGCGUUACGCUAUGCAGCGCGCACGCACGCACGCACGCGCGCCCUUGUGCUCAUGCAAACACGUUCGGCCAUGUGCACUCAGGUAUAUGUGCUGACCUGCGGAUACAUGUACACAGCGCACACCGGCAGAGGGUGUUCACACACCAAGCACAUUCAAAAGUGGGUCACGCACAAAGUCGAGUAACCUGAGAAACUCCAUUUUGCGCCCGCAUACCUCGUGGUUACGCCACACAUUUGACCGUAUUAUCGAUGUUUUAUUGUAAUUGUUAUUACUAAUGCGCGCUAAGAAGCCGAGAUUUCCAAAACUGCCAUAUAGCCGUAGAACCGCACUCAACGCUGUCAGUGCUCUGUUCUGGUACAGUCUCAAUAUUUUUUUUAACGUUCUCGUGAAAACACGAACCUACCAGGAACACCCAGUGCUCUCUCUCUCUCUCUCCACGGGAAAUCAUGCCAAAAAUGCCUUACGUGCCACACAUCGUGUCUGGUGGAAGGACGAAUUAAUGCUGUAGAUAUGGCGGGUUUGCCGGAAACAUGGAAAGCAUAUGUAAUUGGCGAUAGGUGCACCGAGUACGUUUUGUGUAAUAUCGGACUGUGGCAGGCAUGUGCGUCGUGUGGGAGCUAAGGUAUGUGUGUGACACAGGAUAAUGUGCGUGUAGUGAUGAGCUGAGAGGCUGUUUGAUUGAUGUUGGGAUAAGGUGUGCGUAUGUGAUGUUGGAAUAGCACGUCUGUGUGUGUGCGUGUGUGCACUGUGAUUUUGGACUACGGUGGGGUUCACUGGGUUUCUCCAGUUGUCAGGUCACCCAUGUGUGUCUUUUGUAGUGAACUGGGAAAGAUUUUACAUUGGAUUGUGAAGGUUUUCGAACAAAGAGAAGGGGGAUAAGAUGUGAUGGUUUAUUAGUGCUGAUGCAGAGAGCCAUAGAUUUUAAAGAUAGCGCGGUUUACUCACAUCGAAUGCCAGACUUUCAAGAUUUAAAGCCAGAGUUUGAGACAACCAGGUAGUAUUAAGGUAUAAAGCCAGUACAAGUUGGGUCUUGGUUGCGGUGUGUCUCUCCGCAUGGUGUGUCACUAAGAGCACGGCUCCGGAACACAGUGAGAGUCUCAAUAUAGCUUCUUCUUGUUUUAUUAUCAUGUGGUAGGAUUUAGCGAUUGUAGCUCAUACCUUUUGAAAGUGGACAUUGGGCAAGCAUACUGCAUGUUAGGACACCACCGCGAGAUCUCUCCAAACUCCCUAUGGGCCCAACGCCUAUAUUCACAAGCCAUGCAAAAAUGAUGUUAUAAUAAUGCAAUGCUUAAUGCGUGUACCCGGUUUGGGAUAGAAAGGGGAGAUUCUUCCACGGUGAUUGGCUUUGGUUGAACUCUACUUGGAAGCACGAGGAACAAGUCCAUUUGGAUGAGAGUCAGUGGUAGACAACACCCUGUCCUCUGUAUCCAGCGUUUCUCCCUGGCAUCCAUGGAGGCAUCGUGCCACACCGGAUGGCCACGAAUCUUUGUUCCCACAGAGGCAGUAAGCUGCCGCCCAUUGUGCAAUUCCAAAUAUCAAAUUAAACAACUGUGUCCUGAAUCACUUUUUUUUUACCAAUGAAAUAGCCUCAUAUUAUGUAAUUUCUGAUUAUUAUUUUAACUAAUACCCCUUCUGCUUUUGUUAAACAAAAAUGUAAGCCAAGGGUUGUAUGCAAUCACGUGUAAUCUGAAGUGCCUGAUUUAAUUCAACUAAGCAUUUUUUUUAUUGUUAUGAUAAGAAAACAGUGCCCGUGUUAAUUAACUUCGAUGAGCCAUUCGAUCGUUCACUCAACAUUCAACAGGUUGCGUAGACUUGAAGGCCCGGGAAGGGCUAGCUGCUUUACCGCUGCGCGCUCACGUUACUGUAUAUGUAUCAUCCAUGUAUGUAUCUGCAUAUUACAUAAUUUUAAUCCUGCACCAUUACUGAACCCAUGUACAAAUAUACGUAAUGUACUUUCAUAAAGACAUCAAUACCUUCUAUA